AUGGACGGCCUGGGAGAAGGCGACGGCAUGGGCUUCGACAUGAGGCAGAUACUGCCAAAUCAGCAGCAGCAGCUCUUCGGAGGCUACGACAAUUCUCAGAUGCAGGCGGGGCCCAUGUAUCCCGAUGAUUCGUCAUUGACCGCGGGGGAUGAAACCAAUGAUGCGAAAAGACGGAGGAUCGCUAGGGCAUGCGAUAUGUGUCGAAAGAAGAAGAUCAAAUGCGACGGCAAAAUGCCCAAGUGCUCCCACUGCAUCAACUACAAGACGGAAUGCAUUUUCACACAAGUCGAGAAGAAGCGGAAUCCUCCCAAAGGGGCGAAAUACAUCGAAGGUCUAGAGAACCGACUUGGUCGCAUGGAGUCACUAUUGCGCUUGUCGGGUCUUCUGUCGGAUGAAGAUGGCGGCAAGACGGACCUCGGCACUCUAGAGAAACGUUUGGCCGAUCGAACGAAUGCUUUGAAUGCGGCGAAGAGUUCAAACAAGUACAUGGCUCAAGCACCUCAAGCGUCCCAGGGAACACCGCAGCAGGGCCCAGGUUCCCACCAAUCUACGCCUCGCAUGGAUUCACACUCUAGCCCGCAGACGGCCGCCACAUCUCCCGAUUCGCCAAAGUCAGAAACAGAAGUCGAGGCAUUGUCGGAUAUGAUGUGCUCGUUAGUGACGAACAACUGUGGAGAGACUCGUUAUAUCGGCUUUUCUAUUUUCUCCCCAAAGGGUAUUCAAUGGGUCAAUGAAAAGACCGGUGAUACUUCUUUUCAGGACAUGAUCUCAUCAGCAUACGUCGAUGACAACAAGUGGAUGUACUGGAAACCCGAAAUCUUCAGCGACAUCUUCGCAAGACGCGUCUUCAAACCCCUUCCACCAAAAGAUGAAGCUCUUUCAUUGUUCAAAGACUUCUUCGAGAACUUCAACUGCUUGUUCCCCCUAUUCCACGAAGCCACCUUUAUGCAUCUGGUGGAACGGCAAUACUCGCGUGAUCCUUACGAAGGCUCGGGUUGGUGGGCGAGUAUCAAUGUCGUCCUGGCGAUCUCUCAUCGUCUUCGUGUCAUGAGCAACCUUGUGCCACACGAAGAAGAUAAAAAGGCGUGGCUGUACCUGAAGAAUGCCAUGGGUGUUUUGACCGAACUCACAAUGCGCAACACCGAUCUACUAAGCGUGCAAGCGCUACUGGGAAUGUCACUCUUCCUUCAGGGCACUCCUAACCCGCAACCUGCUUUCUUCCUAGUUGCAGCAGCUAUUCGUCUUUCUCACAGCAUUGGUCUGCAUAAACGCGGCUCUGGCUUUGGUCUCAACCCGGUCGAGGUUGAGCAGCGGAAGAGAGUCUUUUGGAUUGCUUACCUUCUCGAUAAAGACAUCUGUCUGCGCUCUGGUAGACCACCAGUACAAGACGACGAUGACAUGAAUGUGGACCUGCCGAGCGAAGACCCACCAGACAACGUUGGCAACGUACCUCUAGCUGAUGGUAGAAGCAAGUUUAAUCUAUUCCGGUCAAUGUGCGAAUUUGCAACCAUCGAAAGCAGAGUAUACAAGCGACUCUAUUCCGCUAAAGCGUCGAAGCAAUCCGAUGGCGAAUUACUUAAUACCAUUGGCGAUCUCGACAAAGAGCUGGAAGACUGGAAAGACAGCAUCCCUAUCGACUUCCGACCUGAAAAUGAAAUCCAAGCCACACAUACUCCUCUCAUCAUCCACAUCGUCGUUCUCCACUUCGCUUACUACAAUUGUCUGACUACAAUCCACCGGAUGUCGGUACAUCACGGUUAUUGGACUAGUCGCCUGUCCAACUAUGCCAUCCAAGGACUGAAUGCACGACCCUUGAACCCAAGAGUCUUCCUCUCGGCUGUGCUGUGUGUCACAGCUGCCAGAGCAUCGAUCAAUCUGAUCAAGUAUAUCCCACAAGGAGAUUUCGCUUGUGUUUGGUUGAUUCUCUACUACCCCGUAUCUGCACUCGUUACCCUUUUCGCCAAUAUUCUCCAGAACCCCACUGAUGCCCGUGCUCGUUCCGAUGUUAAACUAAUGAACGUGGUUGUCAACUUUUUGUCGACCUUGGUCUCCGACGAAUCAAAUGGCAGCAUCAAGCGUAUGCUUGGUCUAUGUGGCGAAUUCGAAAGGAUCGCCAAGGUCGUCCUGGACAAAUCCGAAAAAGAGUCUCAAUCGAGGAAGAAGCGCAAGAAUGCGCCAGAAGAGUCCACAGGACAGGAUGGGUCCGAAGAACAGUCUGCAACUUCGCCGUCUGCCAAACGCACACAAGGUGCAUCCAACUCCGCAGGUUUCUCGCCUUCUGUGUUCACCAAGCCUACGGCUCCCUCGCCUGGUGGAUCUAAACCAUAUCUCGGAGCCCCAAUGCCAACAAGUGGCAUUUCACCUGAUCUCCCAAGUAAUAUUCAUUCCAUGCCGGGCAUGGGCCAAGAAUUUUCAGACAUAUUAAGUCCUGAUCAAAUGGGUGGUGUUGGGUUCUCAGAUCAACCUUCAUUUGGAACUGCUAGCCCAGGAAUGGCGCCAUUCCAACAGCCAUUUGUCCCACAGGAUCUCUGGCAGAUGCCCAUGACAAUUGAAUGGGAUUGGGCCGACAUGUCGACAAACUUCCCUCCGUUUGAAGCGGGUAUUGGCCCUGGCGGUCCCCCACCUGGACAGUGA